AUCAAUAAACACAACUCAUUAUGUUUAUAACCCACUACGUUUUAAUCUUACUGUAAUAAUAUUAAAUAAAAAUAAAUUAAUCUUGUUAUUGUAAUUUGUAAACAGAGUUUCCAGCUGAUUGUCUCAACGUCUGUAGACGUCAACGUGUGUUGAUAACAACCACAAUAAUUAUCAAUCUCAUUUCUAUUUGUAUUUAGUACGCUGUACGAGUUUUGUGUUCAUCGUACGAUGUAACGAGUAACGUCAUUGCAGAUCGUUCAUAGCUGCUUCGGUUGUAUUAAAUAUUGCGUAAAAAAGCGGAAAUUAUAAAUAAAGUUUAUACAUAACGAACGACGGACACGUUCCACUAUUGUUUAUUUAAUUCAAUAUUAAAAAAUAUGUCAAAUUAUAAGUGUUACUUUUUAAUAAUAGUUGCACUUUUAGUGACUAAAAAUUCGUUGGGAUUAUCGCCGGUUAUUUUUAUACCAGGGGAUGGGGGAAGCCAAUUAGAAGCCAAGUUGAAUAAAACAAAUGUAGUUCACUAUAUUUGUGCAAAGACCUCAGAGGAUUACUUCAACAUAUGGCUCAAUCUAGAACUGCUUGUUCCAUUCGUUAUUGACUGCUGGGUUGACAAUCUGCGCUUAGAAUAUGAUAAUGUUACCCGAACAACACGUAAUCCACAAGGUGUUGAUAUCAGAGUCCCAGGCUGGGGUAACCCAGAGCCUGUAGAGUGGUUGGAUCCAUCACACGACUCAGCUGGGUCGUAUUUUAACACUAUUGCAGAUUCUCUAGUGAAAAUAGGAUAUGUUAGAAAUGUUUCCUUGAGAGGUGCUCCAUAUGAUUUUAGAAGAGCACCGAAUGAAAAUGGAGAGUUCUUUAUAAAGUUAAAAUCUCUCGUUGAGGAAACUUAUGCGAUGAAUAAUAAUUCAGCAGUGACAUUUAUAGUGCACAGCAUGGGUGGAUCCAUGGGUCUACAUUUCUUAAGAUUGCAAAAACAGUCCUGGAAAGAUCAGUACAUUCGACGGAUGAUAUCUCUUUCCACACCCUGGGGAGGUGCUAUGAAGGCACUGAAAGUUUUUGCAAUAGGCGAUGAUCUCGGCUCGUUAAUGUUGAGCGAGAGUACAUUGCGGACAGAACAGAUCACUUGUCCCUCCCUCGCAUGGCUGCUGCCCUCUCCCAAUUUUUGGAAACCCUCUGAGGUGCUCGUGCAAACCGAUAAAUUCAACUAUACCAUUAAUGACCUUCAAAAAUUGUUUACCGACAUGGAGCUGCCGAACGCGUGGGAGAUGCGGCGCGACACGGAGGAGUUCUCGCGGGACUUCAGCGCGCCCGGCGUCGAGCUGCACUGCCUGUACGGGUACAACGUGUCCACCGUCGAGAGGCUGGUGUACAAGGCGGGCUCGUGGCUGGACGGCUCGCCCACGCUGGCGCGCGGCGACGGCGACGGCACCGUCAACCUGCGCUCGCUCAGCGCGUGCGAGCGCUGGCGCGCCGCGCGGCGCGCGCACCCGCUCAAGAGCCUCGCGCUCAGCGGCGCCGAGCACCUGCGCAUCCUGCACGACCCGCGCGUCGUCGCCUACCUCACCACCGUGCUGCGCCCGUGA